AACCUUCAGUGGUCGAGGCGUUGCGGUGUAGGGAGGAACUGACUCGGCUCUCUCUCUCUUAUCUAUUAAUUUUUUUUUUCUCUGGUGAACGGCUUUGGUAUAUACAUUGGGGUGGGAGAGAGGAAUCGGUUAAAAGGUAUAACUAAAAUCCGGCUUGUGGCGCGCGCUACUAUUGUGGGCUGGUGUGUUUUGUCAAUAUGGCGACUCUUUUUGUGGUUACGUAUGCAGCCACGGCGGGGGCAAAUGGUCCCUUGCUAGGAUCAGACGAAGAGGAAAUCGUCAUUAUGCAGUACCUGGUGUGGGAUACCGUCAGUAGAAAGGUUGUAACAGAGCAGCAAUAUAUCGUCCAGCCACCGUCUGGAGACAUCAACGAAAAUGUUCUUGGUGAACAGUGCAGGGAAGAUUAUGGUCUCACCGAAGAACAGGUUAAGAAUGGCCAGCCUUUCGAAACCGUUAUAGAUUCUUUCGAUGCCAUCCUGAACAAAAUCACAGACGGCGCCACCGACAGGGUGUCGCUGGUGACAGAUGGACAGCUUCACCUGCGGCAAGUCAUCCACCCGAAGGCUCUGGCCAAGAAUCUCAGCCUCCCCGAUUAUUAUAACUCCUUCUACGAUAUCCGGAAGGAGUUCAGAUCCUUCUACCACUCGGAGGAAAUGUCAUCCAUCUCCGACAUGAUGAACUUCCUCAACAUGGAGUCGGAGGAGAACGAAGAAUUAGGCAAACGUUCCGUCAGAGAUAUGGGGAAGAUUCUCGGUCGCCUGGUUAACGACGGUCACAGAUUCGUCUUGCCCGAAACUAUAUUAAUACGUUUAGAACCGGGUAUUUGUUCCCGGACGGAAGAGGUUGACAGCGCCUGUGUAGUGAGAGCGAGAGGUUUACCAUGGCAGAGUUCAGACCAAGACAUCGCGAAAUUCUUCAGAGGUCUUAAUAUCGCAAAAGGCGGAGUGGCACUGUGCCUAAGUCCCCAAGGACGGCGUAACGGCGAGGCACUCAUCCGCUUCAUCUCUCCAGAACACCGCGACAUGGCCCUCAAAAGACAUAAACACCACAUAGGAAACAGAUACAUCGAAGUUUAUAAAGCUACCGGCGAUGACUUCAUCAAUGUGGCUGGAGGAAACAACAAUGAAGCCCAGCAGUUUUUAUCGAGAGGCGGCCAGGUCAUCAUUAGAAUGCGUGGCUUACCCUACGACUGCACCGCUAAGCAAGUGGUGGAGUUCUUUGAAUCUGGAGAGAAUGGUUGUCAGAUCCUUGACAAUGAAGAGGGAGUCCUCUUCGUCAGGAAGCCCGAUGGGCGUGCCACUGGAGACGCUUUCGUGCUCUUUGCCUCUGAGGAAGAUAGCGCCAAGGCCCUUGGCAAACAUCGGGAGAUCAUUGGCUCACGGUACAUAGAACUCUUCAGGUCUACCACUGCCGAAGUUCAACAGGUUCUCAAUCGCUCCAUGGAUCCUCGUACUUAUGAACAACAGCAACCGCUGAUAGCACAACUCCCACAAGUACCCCUCCUGCCUCAACAGAUCAUUACAUCUGGCACAAGAAAAGACUGCAUUCGCUUAAGAGGCCUUCCAUUUGAAGCUCAAGUGGAGCACAUACUGGAGUUUCUUGGGGAGCAUGCUAAGAGUAUUGUUUAUCAGGGCGUUCACAUGGUCUACAAUGCUCAUGGUCAACCAAGUGGUGAGGCUUUCAUUCAGAUGGAUGGCGAACACUCUGCGUUCAUGGCUUCACAACAGAGACAUCACCGUUAUAUGAUUUUUGGCAAGAAACAAAGAUACAUAGAAGUUUUUCAGUGCUCAGGCGAAGAUAUGAAUAUGGUGCUUACUGGUGGCCUCCCCGCCCAGCGGCCCAUCGUGUCCCCUGGAGGGACUGUGAUAGCUCCUCCAUUUGGUGCCUACCCAUUGGGACCCGCUCCUCCUGUCCUUAGUGCAGUUGGGGCUGUGACACCUCGUCUGACAGCCUUCCCUGGAAUGACUUACCCAACCAUGUUCUACUGGCCAUAUCCUUCACCUCCAGUCUCCCCAAGUUCUCCAUACUAUAGUUCUCCUCCUCAUCUUGCUACGCCUGCCACGCCACCACAUCACACCAUUAUUACAGCUGAUUGUAUGCCCAUUCAAGUCAAUGGGGACAGCACUCGACAUAAUGGUGAAGCGGUGGCUACAAUGUGAAUCCCUGUGAAGUCAAUUUACUGACACAGGUAGUAAAUGAGCCAUUGGGAAUACAAACUAGGUAAAUUGUUGUAACCUGCCUAUCUUCAGAGAUAGGCCAUGUUGCAUUUAUAUACCUCUAUUAGAGGAGAGUUUUUAGACUGAAGGAUUAAAUCCAGUGGUAUUGGUGUCCACAACAAUGGAAGAAUUGAUGAAAUUCCAUUUUACCAACUACAGUAAUUGGUUUACAACAGAGAAAUGCACUGAUAAGUCAUCUGCAUUCCCUUUCAGCUACAAAUGACGUAUUGCAGGUGAUUCUUGACUUUGAAUCAGUUAAUACAGCAAUAAGCAUAGCAUGCCCAAGGAAAUGAUGACAUGCAUUGUAAUAAUUUUGUAGGUGUAAGAGCUUGACCACAGCAGUUUUUUUUUUUUUUUUUUUUUUUCCUUUUACCAAAGUGAUCCUUAACAGUUUUACUGCCAUCACAAUCUUAUCCAGAAAACUCCAUGAUGCCUUGUAUAUGUCUGAUCACUUUGUUCACAUGCUUAUAAGAUUUAUAUAGAUUUAUAUAAAUAAAUUUAGAGGAUAUGAUUUUUCUUUAGUUUACUCCUAGGUUGUGUUAUACAGAAUGUCCUUAGGUUAAGGAUUUUGCUGCAUUUGCUUAUAGAGCAGCAGCGUGUGUGACAACAAGUAUCACAAAGUCUUCCAAUUGUUGUUUUAAGAAGUUUUAUGUUCAUGGCCACCUGUGCUGGUGGUUUUUGUAUGAGUUGACAGUGAAAAUUGUAUAUCUUACAUAAUGUAUCUGUUCUCUUCAUAGUUUUUAAGUUUUCUACUAUAGUUUUUACAUUGUUACUCAUUUGUUGUGCAUUCCUAAGUGCCUUAAUAAAGUUUAUUUGUAGUGUACUGUCAUGAAUGUGAUUUUGUAUGAUAUAGAUCUUUAUUAUCAGUGCAUUUUUCUAGGCAGUCCAUUAUGCUUUAAAGAUUUGAGCCACACAGUUUAAAUAUUGCAAAUUGGACUUAUCCCAGCAGGUAACAUCAGGAAAAAAUGGUGAAAGUUAGUCAUGCAUAAAUUCCCUUCAUUUAAUGGAACAUCAGCUAAAUAGGGCUCAGUGUUCCUAAUGACAAGCUGUGGUAAUAACCUUUACCCUUCCUUGUUACUGGAGCCCUUAUUUAACCCCAUCAAGGGUGCCCCCUUCCCCUUCCCCCAUCUACUUAAUUCUCAGUUACCACACCCUUGGUAAAAUAUAGUUAUUUAGCUUGUGCUUCCUUGACAUACAAGGUUUGUUAGUAAGUAAUGUUUGUAUGACUGAGUUUAUGAUUGCAUGUUUAUGAUUGUAUGUCUCAAUUCUUCAUAUGUUUAGUAUAUAAAAAAAAUUCUACAUAUCCAUCUAAAAAUUAUCUUAGAUGGCAGCUCUACAUUAAAAUGAUCUCCUUAUUUCCUCUCAAGAUGUCACUUCUAAAUACCCUAUGUUUUAUAUUUUUUCUUAAAUAUUUUGUUCCUUACUUGAUAGUAUUUGCACUGUUUCGGUAGUAGUUGCUUUUAAUUUUUAAAAGCAUGUUUGAAACAUAGCAAAGGCAACAGAACCUUCUGGUAUGAACUCAACAGAGUAGAUAAAAAUAUUUACAUUUUGCUGUGAGUGCGUGAUUGUAGUUCAGUUUUACUACUACUUUUGCAGACAAAGUUGCAGCAAUGUGAAUUUCAGUCAUUUUAUUUAAUUUAUAAAUCUUUUUUGUACUAAAGUAGCUGUAUUUGAUAGUCAUUAAAACUAAUUGUUGUGAAACAUUCUCAUUUGAAUGGUGUUAGAAAAAUUAAAGGACUCCCUAUGGUUAAAGAUUCAAGGGUGCUAAAAUGCAAGUGCUAUCUAUGGCUUGUUGUCAGCAUGUAUGCCUCAGGUAUAAUAUUGAGGUGUUGACUUGUUGUUAUUAUCAGAUUUAGUUUAUUAUUCCUAUUUUUAUUAUUACUAAUUAUUUAUUGCUGCUACUACUUGAGAUAUUUAAUUGCUAUUAAUAAAAUGUAGUGGGCUCCCCGUUAAAAAUCUCACUGCGAUUCUGACUUCGUAGUUUAACUGCGAUUAUCAUGCAGUUUACCCAUUUCUUCUUUGUACCCUAGUCGUGACAGCGUGAGUAGCGAGCCUCAAUGGUGCUCAAGCCACUCUCAACCUAAUGCUCAGGAGGCCACGUACACCACCUUGUGAAAUGAUUUAAUGAUUUAAGAUGGUUAUUAUAGUAAAGUUUUUUUUUAGCACAUUUGGACUGAAAUAUCACAGAAAAUUUAAUUUACUAAGAGCACAAAUUACCUUAUUUUUCUUAAUAUUACAACUCCAGACUUCUUGGAAACAAUGAUCUUUAAAUAUUGUUUGGCAAAUUUUUUGUUAAUUUCAACAUUGUAAAUGGCUGGUGGUUCUGAGUUGGAAUGGCAGGUUUAUUUGUCAGGUGUUUCUGCCCCUGAAUUUGCCUUCUCCUGAAGUUUUUUUUAUGCAUUUCAUAUUGGGGCUCAGCAGUUAUGAGUUUGAUAAUUUACUCGUUCCUUGCUUAUGGAAAUUUACUAAAGUAGUACAAUAAAAUCUCAUAACUUAUUGCCAUGACAGUGAAUGAUCUGAGGUGUCUUAUGCAUAUAAGUUUGGUUUAUAUGAACUGUGGUGUGCGUGGCUGAGAACUUAUUUUUCUUACAUGUAUAUUACCAGUGUGAUUUUAAAAAGGCAAUGGAAAAAUUGAAAGAGUUGAAUUUGUAUUAACAAGUCAUCAGUAUCCAAAGAUAACUUUAUGUAGCAAGUGAAUGAGACUUUUCUAUUUAACUAUGAUCGCUGGUAUAAUCUUUUGCAUUAUCUCGUGACCAUCAUCUGUGAUAUUUUGAAAGUGUGAAGAGCCAUCUACGGGAAUGCCAGGGAGACAGGUGCUCAAUAGUUUUGAUUAAUUUGUGGCUAAAAUUACCAUGAUUUUCGGGAAAAUGACUCGGUUUGUCUUGGGCAUCUUAAGGUAUAACCCGCCUCCCUCUCGUCAAAUGAUCAAGAGCAUGAAUAUUUGUUAAAUCAAUUAAUUUUAAUAGUAAUUACCUUGGAUAUUAAGCACACUUUGAUAUCAAUGAACUGAGGAAAUGAUUUAAACUUAUGCAAUGUCACUUGUCGUUAGGGAGCCUUGGGUGGGUCUUUUUAUUUAUAUUUUUUUCUUUCUGUAGGUUUUCAUUAGGUUUUUAAAAGGUACUUCUUGGUAAUGGUUAAAAUUUGUUUGUUGCUCUGUAGCUCACCAUGGGUUCCGCUCUAUCAAUCACAUAUUCUGUUGUGAUGAUUUUUUUCCAAGUUGGGUGAGGCAAUAAGUAGCUUUGGUUCUUUUGCAACUGUGGGCACAUCAAACUAGGGUAUGUUAGUGUACUUAAUUUCUUCUGCUUUUUGCUUUUUUUAUUUUUGUAGCAAAUGAAAAUUUUGAGAUGAUCAGAAUCUUUAAGCAGUGAUGAUUGCCAAGGUAAAAUGAUGCUUGUGAGAUUCAGAUCAUUUUAGAAUUGAGAUGUAGUGCUGUUGCUUUUCUUGGUUAAUAAUGCUUUACCUGAUUUCCAUGGCUUUUUACACUAGAGAUAACUUAAUUUUAAGGUCAUUCCAUUGUUUUGUGCUCCAUACUUCAUAAGCACAUUCCAUUAUUCAUUAUUGUUAAGUUUUUCUUCAGUUUCGUAUUAAACUAUAAUUGUAUAUAAAGGAUUCUAGUUUAGUCAGCUUUGUAAGUUGGUCAAAGACUUUUCAUAUCUUUGAGAAACUAAGUUUCCUCUACUGGAAUGUCUUUGCCAACUUUCACUCAGUAAUACAUAGGCGCAUAUUUUUCUUUGAUAAAUAUACUGAUUUUAAUGUAGAUUUUAUAUAUACAUUUUAUUUAAGCUAUGUUGUAAUAAGAUUUUGUUAAGGAUACAUGCCUAAAUGAUUUUUUUCUUAAAAGUAUAUUCUACAUAUGAAUAGCUACCUGCAGCCAAUUCUGGUGGUGACCAGUAAUUUUAGUCAAGAGUUAGUCAUGCCCAUCCCCAUUGCUAAUGGUCUGCGCAAUUAUCUCCCACCUUGAAUGUCUGCUAAUUGCAGCAUAUGAUGAAUCAGCUGUGGGUUAAGCCAAAGAAUGUGGGUGUAAUGAUAAAUAUAGUCUGGAAAUUUUUAAUUACAACUUUAUAAAGUAAAUUAACAUUUCAUGCUUAUUGGAAUUUUUCCUGAUUUGAGAACACCCUUUGGUUGUCAAAAGUAGAAUAUGCAAGAAAGGAAAAUGUCACCUUAGGUCCCCAUUCCUUCUUCCCCCUCCUAAAAAGGGUUGAAUCAGCCCAAUUCCUCUUUCCCCCUCAAAGAAAGGGUUGAACCAGCCCAAUGUGCAAUAUGAGAUAUUUAUCCAUGUCUAGUGAAUGUCAUCUUGUUACAGUAAUUAUGAUAAUGAACAUAAUAGUUUAACAGAAUUUUAGUUACAAGAUAACUAGCACUAUAGCUGAAUAGUCCACAGACUUAAUUUCUAGAUGUUGACCAUUAUCAAAUUUUAUUUAGGAUGUGUUAAAUGAAGGAUUCUUCGUUGUAGAGAUCCUGUAGUAGUAGAGAUCUUAAAACAAUUGAGUUCAAUAAAAUAUAAUAAGGUA